UUGAAGUUCAAGGAAAUUUACUUCAAUGAUGAAAGUAAGAAAUGUGCUUUUAUUAAGAGUACAUUUUGGAGAUACAAUUACAAGGAGGAUGGAAAUACAAAUUGUACAUGCUUCGAUUCCCACACCAUGUAACAACUAAUCCUACUCUAAGCUAUGAGAGGAACUAAGAUCAAGCUAGUAGCUAACUUAGGUUUUGGUCAAGAACUAUGCAAAGCCUAAGGUUUAGCUAAUUGCUAAAACUGGCAGUGAAACAAAGUAUGUAAUAGAUUCAUCUCUUUUCUCCCUCCACAUCUUCUCGAUUUCCAGCACACAACACUCCAAGAAGUGCAGCCCUAGACCUGCAAAAAAUUUCACAAGAAAGGAGAUUAGAAUAGACUCAUAGUAGGGGAAUAGGGGGGAGACCAACCAAAAUGUAGAAGGGGACGAGAUGAGCUAAACAAGAUAGCCAAGGACCUAAAUCAAGGCUGUAAGAGUCAGCCAAGCUGUUUUGAUUGCAAGUAUCAUCAAAAGAGGAUCAAGAUAAAAGGCCGCAGUAAAGUAAGCUCCACCACCAAGCUCAUUGGAGCAAGAGAAACUUCAUCACCAAGGCUGGAAGGACAGCCGAGGAGAGCAGCCCCAGAUAUACACCAAUUUAGCAUGAUCAACAUUGUUAAAGCUCAAAAAGGGAGCUAAUUUGUAGCCAAAAUUAGGAGCUCAAUGCCCAAGAUUCUGCCACAAGAGGCCAAGGCAUUUUGCCUAUAAAUACCACCGUCCCCUUCCCCACUUCACAAUUCAUAAGAGGAGCAACAAGGGAUGGGAGGAAUGGCAAGAGAGCAAUUCAACAAACAAGAGGAAUUCCAUGGGCGAGGUAAACCCCAUAGGUAAACCCCAUAACUACACCCUUUCGCAUCAUGUAGAACAACACAGUUUUUAGCCAAUAAUAUAGAGCUAUAGAUUCCCACAACAAUAGCAUGUACAAGUAUCACAUAAGCUAAGCCUCAACAAUCAAGAACCACAAUAUAGAGUCUUUGCCACAAUCUUACUAAAGUAGACACCAAGUACUAGAAUCACAGAACAAGGCUUUGUGUAGCAGAAUGAUAACAAACUCUCCCAGUAAAUAAGAACACCCAAGUGCCGAAAGCGAUAAAUCAAUCGAGAACUCCAAAUCUUAACUCAAAAGAAAUCGAGUAGAAGGGGAUAGGGGAAACAACUUAGCUUCUUGUCUGAGAGGAUGCCUGACGGCAACGAACGGAGACGGAGGCCACCAUGCGGCAUCCGUGGAGUGAAAUGGCGAGUUGCUGGAGCACGAGAUUGAGGCGACGCCUCUCUCUGCCACUGAUUUCGCUGCAGGAAGAGCCACGGUUCGGCGGAGGACAAGAGACAGCAACGGGCGUGAAACUGCCGGAGAAACGUCGAAAAAGAAGAGGCGACGCUGCCGGAGCAGCAGCGUGCGAGGCGGAUGCGGUGCGAGGAUGACCCCCGCUAGACUCUAGCGACGGCUCCGUCGAGACGGCGAUUCCGAUGGAGGCCGAUCGACGGCGAUGGCGUGCUAGAGCGCUUGCUACCUUAACGAGGCGGAGAAGCCGUGAGGAAAACCGCCGCUGAAUCCUAAAACUAGGGAUUUCAAUUUUUGAAUAAGAAUGGGAGAGAGAAAUUCACGAUGGGGAGGAAGUAUAUUUGAGUAAAUUGGGCCCAAUGAUUUAAUCUUUAAGGGAACUUGGGCUGUGGAAAUUUAUUAAUUAAUUGGCCAAUUUCUUCUCUAUAAUUAAGUGGUGUAUUUGAUUGGGCCAAGAGAUUUUAAAGACUCAAGGUCGGACUACCUAGUUUUACUGGGCUUGGAAUUUAAUAUUGUUGAGUGGAAUUUAUUUCGAGUUGAAGCUAAAUAAGUCAAAUUCCCGGAUAAAGUAUUAAGAAGGACGGACGUGGAAACGAGAGACGCGAGAGCCGACCGGCGUCGCCCCGCGACGCCAUGGCGGCCUUAAGAAAAUCCGAAGAAAGGGAUUGAGAAAGGGAUUUUCCAAUAAUCCAUAUUUUAUUUAAAUAAGUGCCCAAAUAAUUAUUUUAGAGAGAAUAGAAAUUCUCCAAAGUUAUUAAAGUGAAUAAAUAAACUCUGCAGAGUAGUGAAGCCCGAGGUAGGAUUAAGAGAAUCCUAUAAGACGAAGCUAAGAGAUAGGAUGCAUGCAUUAUUUUCUCAGAAAAAUAGUUCGAGUGCUAAUUAGCGUGCUACGCUAUUUAUUCUUUCCAAAGGAAAUUAUUCAAGGGGCAAGUAAGGCCAACCGAGGAUUUGUUAAUUGGAGAUAAGCAUACCAGGUUGAACGUCAAGAUGGAGAAGAAUUGAUCGGAGUCGAUGCUAUUAAAUAAUCGUGUGGAUUUCUCGACGAUUCGUGUCUUCAUACACGAAGUCGUUCAGUAUGGACCUAUUCCGCUGUGUUUUGUUAAAUGAGAAUAGUAAUGUCUCAUCAUUGAACUCUGAUUCAGUUGACAUGUCAAAUUAUUCUAUUCUGAGAUUGUAUCAAAUACUUGGCUUCUAAUUUGUGGUAUCAAUUGAUUGGCCUUUCGGCAAGUCCCUUGAGUUCUUUCCUCAUUUUGUUAAUUCCGCUUAUUAGUCACGGAUUUCCCGCUUUUGCUAUUAUUAGCAAAGUGCGGUCGUGACAAAUAAAUCAUAGUAAUUCCUUUCAAUUAAAACAAUCCAACAACCCAAUCCUAUAUCCAUCUUCGUAUUUACACGAAUUCAACAACUACAUUAAGGACCCGUUCGGUCUAUAGGUAAUAACCAUUUAAGAAAUGGUACCUACAUAUACAGUUGUUCGGUCCCUCAGAAACUCUAUCUGCAAGGCCCGCCUAGGCCCGAUGAAUAUAGCUGUAACGGAGUGUUUAUUAAUCUCAAAAAAAAGCCGCAAUACCAUUUCUCACUUUGAACAACAUUCUGAAUCAACCUCCAAUUACUUCUCUACCCCCUUCGUACAAUCAAUAUGCCCUUCUCCAAAUUUGGGGAACAUUGCAAGGCGCAAGAGCUCGAAGACGAAAACACUGAAUUCGUCGCCUGACUAGCUACAAACUGCAAUCGCACUCGAAAUCCAACGGUGUGUACGAAGGUCGUACUUCGAUUUGUGACUGCAAUCCGACUACAAACUGCAAUCGCACUUCGCACUCGAAACCCAGCAGGUCGAUCGUUGUCGAUCCGGUGUGAAAGUUACUGUAAUCAUUCCCAGAAGAUAUGAAUAUUGUUGGGAACAAUUCUGUUGGCAAGAAUCGUGCUAAGAAAGUUGACAAGUAUGUGAUGCAUACACUGGAAGACAUAACUCAAAAAUUUCUUGUUUCACGCAUGGCUGUACUACACCUCAUCUUAAAUCGUCUUCGCCAAUCGAAAAGAAGAAAGCUACAAACAGUGCUCCCAUAUAGUAUUCUAAAUAGGAUUCCAAGACAAAUUGACCACCUAAACCGGCUUGUUGGAGUUUCAGAUACAGAUUGCCUCGUAAAUUUUAGGAUGGACCGUAAUGCGUUCGGGCGGCUUUGUCGAUUGUUUCGAGAGUUGCGUGUUUUGCGUGACAGACGGUUCGUUUGUAUUGAAGAACAGGUUGCUAUAUUCCUAGGUGUAUUAGCGCAUCAUAAGAAGAACCGAAUUGUCCGUUUUGAUUUUUUGAGGUCAGGGGAUACUGUUUCACGGUACGUGCACGAGGGGUGUUUGGGAGCUCUUGAUGGAACUUACAUCAAUGUACAAGUCCGAAACGAACACAAGCCCAAGUUUCGGAAUAGGAAGGGGCAGAUCACGACUAAUACUUUAGCUGCGUGUGAUCGAUACAUGCGUUUUACAUAUGUGUUGCCUGGUUGGGAAGGUUCAGCGGGUGAUGCUCGUAUUUUAAGGGACGCAGUGAAUCGACCAUAUGGACUGAAGGUACCUAUAGGUAACUAUUAUCUUUGCGACAACGGUUAUGCAAAUAGUGAAGGGUUUCUUACACCGUAUAGGGGAGUUCGUUACCAUUUGAAGGAAUGGGGCCCCGAUGCCGACAAACCACAAAAUGCAAUCGAGUUAUUCAACAUGCGUCACACGAAAGCCCGAAAUGUUAUCGAGAGAGCCUUUGCUGUUCUCAAAAUGAGAUGGGGAAUACUCCGUAGCGCCUCGUACUACCCCAUCAAGGUGCAAAUACGAUUGAUUUUUUGUUGUUUUCUACUACAUAACUAUGUGAGGAGUGAGAUGUCGGUCGACCCACUUGAUGCGCUGAUCGACGGCGAGCCUGAAGCAGGUGGUAAUGAGGGUGACAAUUCGAACAUCGAAUAUGUAGACGUUGUUGAGGCCACUUCGGGAUGGAACAUGUAUAGAGAUGAUUUGGCCAACAUAAUGUGGUCAGAGAGUAUCAAUGCACAUCAGUAGCAGUGGCCUUGAGUUUGUGGGAGAUGUCAUCCCAUGUCGUUUUUGUGCUUGUGUUUAAUUUAGUUGGAAUUUGAAUUCUGUAUCUCUCUGUUUGAAUAUUUUCACAAACUUUGUGUUGUCUUAUUUGAUUUUCAAUGAUUAUGCACUGAACUUAACUAUGUUCCAAAGCAUGUUGAUUGGCUUGUUGUAAAUUAUAGUGGUACAUCCCUAAAGGAGCUGAACAUCAGCUGCAUCCCGUGAGCUCCAUGAACUGAUGUAAUAUUCUCACGCUUCACAUAAGCCAAAGUAAAGCUGGUGAAAGAGGAAUAUAUUCCACUGUGUCAUCUGCCAAAUUAAGUUCCCAAAAGAAUAAAUGAAACACAUCACAUGCAUUCUGUGUAUGCAGUAUUUGGCUAUAAAUGAAACAUCCUACUCCAAACGAUUACACCAUCCCCACAACAUUGCACAAACAAUGGCCAACAACAUCCCACCUCAAGAUUCAUUCUUAUACAAAGGGAGAUGGACAGCCGAGGUCGACUCAGUCAUGCUCUCGGUCAUCAUACGAGAGAAGAGAGCGAACAAUUGGAGUGGUACCGUCAUACCCAUUCCUGUAUUAGAGGAAGCUGUAGCAACUAUCAGCUUGGAGACUGGGGUAUCAUUCACAUGGCGUGAGCUCUAUGAACGAUUCCAGUUUAUGGAGAAACGGUAUCAUGCAUUCAAUCUUGUUACAAGGACUCGGGGUGUAUCAUGGUACGUUCACUCCAACACCAUCAUAGGCCCAGAACCAACGUGGAAAGCACUCUUCCAG